AUGGUGUCCGGAGAAGUCCCUAGUAGUUUUGAUGCUUACAAGAGGAAGAAGUUCUUCAAGGAUGCUAGGCACUACUAUUGGGAUGAGCCUUACUUGUACAAGAGAGGACCAGACAGCAUUUACAGGAGAUGCAUAGCUGAAGAGGAUGUACAAGGAGUUCUUGAGCAUUGCCAUGGGUCAGCUUAUGGAGCAAGUUACAUCGCCAAGUGUGAUCCAUGCCAAAGGAAAGGAGGGAUCACCAAGAGGGAUGAAAUGCCACUAAACCCAAUUCUAGAAGUUGAGAUCUUUGAUGUAUGGGGAAUAGACUUCAUGGGACCUUUCAAACCCUCCUCAAACGGGCACAACUACAUUUUGGUUGCUGUGGACUAUGUGUCCAAAUGGAUUGAAGCCAUCCCCUGCCCAGCCUGUGAUGCUAAGGUUGUUAUCAAACUGUUCAGAACCAUCAUCUUUCCAAGAUAUGGCAUCCCAAGGGUUGUUAUUUCGGAUGGAGGUUCCCAUUUCAUCAACAAGGUGUUUGAGAAGUUGAUGAAGAGUUAUGGAGUCAAGCACAAGGUUGCUACGUGA